AUGGCUUUUUCUGGGUAUCCUAUAUGCUAUGUCCAGGUUAAAUAUAACUUAAAAUAUAGAAUGAAGAUCAAGUUACGCCAAGAAUCAGCAUUGACGAGGCCUCAAAGAAAAGAAAUGGAGAAGCUCCUCGCAAGAGUUUUGGAGGCCAAUAAAGUUCAAUUUUCAUGCAGUCUAAUGCCAGCUGGGAUGGGAGACAAUUCCUGUGCGCAGAAAACUGCAGCUUCAACUAGUCAAGUCCUUGGUGAGGAAGGAACUUCCAAAAUCUUAAAUCACAAGUUGGCAUGGGUUGGUGGUGUGUUGAAUUGGUUCCGUCAACGAACGCAUUAUGAAGCACUUUGCACAUUCAUUGUUGUUGGUAUCUAUCUACCAGACGCACCUCAACAAAAUGGAGAGAAAAUGGAAGAAAGGGUUUUCUUGGUGAAGAAACUCGCGUCGCACUAA